CCAUGCAUUACUCAUACACUACUUGUGUUUCUUGCCGGCCCCACUAUCGCUAAUUCUGCGCAUGGUCGCAUCCAAUCGAAUUUAUUAGCAAAUUGAGUGGCCGCAAGUAGAUAACUACGGCCUUGCUCAUCACACCGAGCUAGCCGUGCGCAGUCUGCAUCUGGUAUAUGAACCGACGGUUGCGACUAUCACCAGGUCUAUCUUCAGCACGAUAGCACAACUGAUCUACCAUACCAGGUCCAUACAUUUAGACUGUGACUGAAAAAAAAAGACAACUCAAAGACCGUGUAUGCGAGGGGCAGCCUGCAGAAUGAUUUCAGCAUCCCAGGUGACAGCCGUACAUCGACGUCAAGCUUUGAGGCAGAAUUGGGCUUUGAUAAUCUGCCAAUAUCACCACCAAGGACAUUAUUAGCAUAUGUACACCAUUUACAUUCCUACGUCAUUCAUAAAUGAACAUAAUUAUACACCGAUCCUGCUAGCAUUGAUUGUGUUAUCAACGUCAUAAAUGCGGAUAUUACAAGGUACAGAAUGUGGUACAUGUAUAAUUAAUUAAACCGCGAUCGCACAAGGAGUCGUGCAUGGCGGGAGACAAGCAUCGUUUAGAAUACGCAUAAUGUAUCAGUGAUUAUACAUCCAGCAAGUUCACAUCAGCUGUGUGCACGCCAUAGGGAGCUAGCUGACGGUCUUGCUACAUACGGACAUCGGUUGGAGAAUGCCAUUUGUUUAUUAACCAGACGGUCUGAAGCCCGUGCAUUUCUCAUGACUCGGCGAGCUUUUCUAGGAAUAUUUAGUGCUUAUACCUCCCGUAGAGAAGGCUUCAGCAACAAAUAUAAGACCAGCACGGUUCUUCACCUAGCGAAACAGCCAUUUGGCACUUCCACUCUUGGUUAAAAAUGUUAAUUAGACAUCAGGGACCCAGUAUGGAGUGACCAUGAAGCUAUGUACAGCGGUAUUAAAUUAUCCACCAUUAUAUACCUUCGGUUUGAAUAUUAUCUGAUCAGGAUUGGCCACGGGUCUGUUUAGUAGCCUCAGACGAGCACAUGGUUGAGCUUAGGACCCACAAUUGGUUCCAGUGGGUGUACCUGCGGCACGUAUGACCCAUGAGUAGCCAAGGUAGAGAGAUCGGUAAGCCGGCUUGAAUGAACCGUACCUCGUCCGGACGCGGCUGCAGUAGUCGACCCAGAAGUGGUGGUCCUACUUCGCUAACAGUGCCGCACGGAGGGGCCAAGGUCCACCACCAUCCGCAGCACGUCGGCAGCUCUGCUUGCUACGGUGGUGGUGGGGGCGAAUUCUCAACACCGGAGGAUAGCUACGACGAAGCAACGCUCAAAGCCUGUGUGGACGAGUGUGAGAAGCUUGUUCGAGAUUUCAACACCAGAGUUGCCCAGUACCGUGAGAAGUUAAUAGGUAUCGCCGACGUCAGCGACUGUGUGCACUUCCGGGAGGAUAUACGCCGCAAACGCAGAAAGGGUCUGGAGGCUGCCAAGAGCGCCAAGUUCAAACUGUUUCCACACAUGCGUGGGAGUCUUACGAAGCCAGACUUCCAGCGUCUCUUCAUACAGCUGACCGGCUGCAUGCAUCUGUUUGUAGCAGAAAUGAGGAAAUCACUGGUACUCCUCUCAGCCUUUCCUAUUGAUCAAGUUGGCCAUCCGUAUGAAAACCUCCCAGGUAUGGUUAUGAUGAUGGAGAUAGCUGGUCCGUCCCAUGACCGGCGUGGUGGCAGCCAUAAGGGGCGUGAGCUGACCGUGUCCGAGAUAUCUGACCAGUUGGAAGAAUCGGUCAUAUUAGAUGGACCAAUGGCUACCUCAGAGGAUCUACAACUAAUCGCUAAAGACAUGGAGGAGGUGCGGCAUAUGCUAUGUGAGGUAGAUCUGGACGAGAUGAUUCCACGACAGCGUUCACCAGAUGAACUGACCCACGUGACCUCCGUACAUCGACAAAGCAGCCUUAUUAGACUACGGAGGCACAUCCUUUGCUGUUGCAGUAGAUCCAAACACAUCGAGCCCUGAAACAAACUGCAUCGAUACCUUUUGAUACUUGCAAUAAUGAAUUAAAAUGACUUGGAUGCAAAACUUUGGAAACACUCUUCAUGAAAGCCAUAUCGGAUGUCAGAUACACGCCAGUAGGCCUACACGCCAACAAUGCAGGACUUCGGUAACACCUUGGACACUCACAUUCACGCAUGGAUUUACCUUGGAUAUGGGAUACAAGCGACUGAUAUACCCAGUCAGUGCCGGGCGCAUAAUGACAACAGGGACGCAAGGCACGCACACGUGGAAAGCUCCCUACGUUAUUCAAACUCAUAAAAACACAUUUUUAACGAUUCUCUGAAUGUAUACAAGCCUUAUUUUUUUAUGGGUUUGCCAAGGUAUAUAUUAUUGACACAUUCCUUAUCCUACUAAUGGAUUUUGUCGUCAUGGUUGUUGACAGCUCAUCAACACCACAGAGUGCAAGCUGCUUACAGUAUGAAUGAGACUGUAAUUUAUAUGAGAAAAACAUUGUUUGCAUGUUUCUCGUACAGUUUAAGAUAAUCAUUCACACGAAUGGGUUGUGCACAUCGUUACACUUAGAUUAACAUUUGUUUUCACUCUGUAUUCUCCAUGGAGCGUUCUGUUUUGCCUGAGGCUAAGCUGAGGGCACGCUCUGUGUAUCACAAGGCAAGCUAGUCAAUUUUUGUUAACGCCUUACCCACACUCUACUUAAUCUUUUAGAGUGUGAUUUUAAUGUGUGAUUAAUUUAACCAAAAUCCAAUACAAAUUACUUCUAUUCCAAUAUAAACUUUGUUGGCAACUUUACUUUUAUAAACUUCCCCUUUACAAUUACCCGCAGUGCGCACACCAAGAUUAUCUGUCAGACUCCCAACUAUGCAACAGUAUAUAGCGACCGCAACGCAUUCCUUUUGGCAUUUUCCAAGGAAUGUUGUUGAAUUUGACUACGUCCCUCCGCUUCCGAGUAAGGGGGGAGUCCAAUCGUCCAACACCUCGGUAUAUCGUAAUUGUUGCAUACUGUCCCUCAUAUUUGUAAACUACAAAACAAAUCACUCUAAACUGUCAAAGUCUGCAACCCCCUGAAAAAAGGAAGUUCGCCUUGCGCACAAAUGAACCCUGCGAGAGCCGAAUUCUUGUCUGGCAGCCAAUAAUUCAAGUUUGGUGAAGAGAAUAAUUCAAUAACUAAUCGUAGGUGGAUUUUUUUAGUUCGAUGCCUCAUUCAAAAGUGAAUAACUCGCAUUUCUAGGAAGGUAAACAAAUCUACUUUUCGAAGUGAAACUCGAAAAUAGCACGGGGAACGCACCUUAACAUUUUGAACGUUACAUCAUGGAAAUCUUAGGCCAUGAAGAAGUAUAGCGCGGGCUUUGUGUUGAUAUUUUAAGCGUGAUUUGAAAUACUUAAUGUAUGGUAAGAAUGUCUUUCAUUAGCUAUUGUUUGCAUUCAAUGCACAUUCCAUAUUCGAGUCAGUUCAUUUUUGAGCCACAUUUAUAAUACUAGCCAGCUCUUGCAAUGAACUUUGCAAGGGUUGGCCUGGUAUAACACCGCAGCCAUUUGUACCACGUUAUAUAGUACAUGCACAUAAUAAUGGGCGAUACGUCGUUCGUGAUGCGACCGACGACAUUAUGACAGUGCAGUGUAUGACGUGUACAUGUAUAAUAUUAAAAGAAUCAAAACGUAUAGCGUAACCUUAUUUUUCCACAGUAGUUCCUCGGUACUAUUUAUCCUUAAUUCAUUCAUUACUGACAAGAAUUGUAAACAUUCAAAGAGAUCACGUUUUACCAACGGAGUGGAUUAAAGCGGCUCUUUACUCCUCGGCUAGAGAACUAGGCCUAUGUACACAAAAACAUUGAUUCACUUUUAUUUAACUUUAUAUUGAUAUAUUUAGUUUACUUCUAUAAUUAGUCAAAUCAAUUGUAAAAAAGAAAAUAGAUUGUAAAAAUGUACAGUGUCUAUACAUAACGCUAUCGUUAUAUUAAGUGUAAUUAAGUCCAGUGUAUCAUAUAAUUUCAUUUAGACGACACCUUAUAUCAUCCAUGUCUUAGACUAUACGGGUUUUGAUUUGCAUAUGGAAUUCCUAAUAAUCUAAUUCCCUAAGUGAAACCUCAUCUGGUUGAUUGUGUUAAUGUUAGCGAUGUUUUGGUUUAGCGGGGUUCUAGUCGGGUGGCUUGUAGGUGGAAUCAUGACCGGCUGGUCCAAAGCACCAAAUUUGGCAUGUAGACUCUAUGGGCCAUAUUAUACAGAGCAUAUUUACAAGGGGUGACACCUGAAAACUGUUUGGAAGGGUAUCUUAUUUUGCUUAAAUCCACAAUGGCCACCGUGCCAUAUAAUAUUUAUGCACAUAUUUUGGUGCAUUUUCAAAAAAGAAGAAGAAAAAAAGUACAUUUUGAGGAUUCUAUUUACAUAUGCGUACAAAACAUUUUCUAAAGCAUAUAAGUGAUUGAAUACUAUAGGAGGACAUAUGACAUAUUCAAACUACUAUUAUACCCUAAAGUUGCACACAAUAGCUUUUGCCUCAGAUAUCAUCAAAUAGUUUUGCCAAACCUCAGAUUUGAUGAGCUUCAAAUCAACAAAGUUACUUACUGGCAUAUUUACCCUAAUAAAAUUAUGUGGAAAAUCAUGUGAACAAUGACAGGAUCAUAAUAUUUAGCCCGAAAAGAAGACCACAAAAAAGAGGUAUCCGUAAAUUGAGCUAAAAUUAGGCGAAAGGUUGCCCAACGUGAGGACUUGAGCAAGUUCAAAGAAACACCCCAAUACAUGUAAGAGUCCCCCACGUCAUGCAACCCUUCGCCUAAUAUAAGUAGCCCAAUUUACGGACGCCUCUUUUUUCCACCUCAUUUUCUUUUUGCUUUUUGGGCUAAAUAUCGUAAUGCUAUCAUUGUUCAAAUGAUUUUCCGACAUAGUUCUAUUAAGGCAACUGUGCCAGAGAGUAUAAUCUUAUGAAUUUGAAGCUUGUCACUACCGAGGUUUGGCAAGACUACAAUCUGGGGAAAUGCGCGCAACUUUAGAGCAUAAUACGGUAUCCAUUUUAGAUCUUUCAUAUGUCCUUAUAAUUAUCAGUCGUGUGCUUUUGAAAAGGUUAUUUAAGUACGGAUAUGUAAACAGAAUCCCCAAAAUAAACUUAUCAACAAAACGAUUGAAAAUGUACCAAAAUAUGUGAAUAUAUUAUGCGGCGGCAAUUUCGGAUUUAUGCAAAUUAGGCAACCUUCCCAAAAGAAUAUCUUCUGUAGGGCUAUCUGCCAAGUUUGGUGUUUCGGACCGGUCGGUCACGAUCUCGUCAAAAAUUGGAUCUAUUCACCUGAUAUAACUAUUAGUGAAAGCACCGUUUGCAUUAUCACAUUAUAGUCUACAGAGACUUUAGACCUUUUGAAGGAAACUAAAAAAUAUGUUCUGUGAUAUGUGCAAUGAUAUGGAUCUUAUUGACUUUUUAAUUCCACAGACACUUUUUGCAUACGGGACCAAUAGCCACAGGACUAGUAAUUACAAAGUAUUAAUAGUUAUCAACAUUUAGCCUCGCUAUCUGGUUUGUAAGGGAUAUAUAAUAUCUGACAAACCUUGGACAAGCACCUUUUUUUCGGCAAAAUCCAACGUCCAGUUACUCCUUUCCUCAAAAUGUGCAACUUAAAUUUGUCACUUUAAAAUAUCAUUAAAACUUGUACACUCAAUAAACCAAAUAUGUUUAAAACAAA